CUGCAGGAGAGGGCAGUGACCCCUGAAGUGUCUGUCUGAUUAACUCUGGAGACGAGCAGUGGACUGAUCCUGGUCUAAGGGCGGAAAACUGACAGAAUAUGCUGGAUCUGAGAACAAUCGGAAAGGUAUACUUCCUCCUGCCACUUCUUCAAGCCGCAGUGUCGAAUGAGUGGAGAGCUGAAACACCAUCAGAUGUGACAGCACAGAGAGGCUUGUGUGCCCGGAUUCCAUGCCACUACCAUUAUCCAUCAAAUGUUGAUAAGUCGUCCUGGACUGGUAUCUGGUAUAACAGUGACAAUUCAAAAUCUGGACCUAUAGUGUUUCACUCCAGCGAUCACAGUCAGGAGAUGCAGAAGUUUCAGUCUCGGACCCGUCUGUCUGGAGACUUGAAAGACGGUGACUGUUCCCUGGUUAUCGACAAUAUCACUGAGGAAGAUAAAGGGCCGUACUUCUUCAGGAUUGAAUUUGACAGGAGGAAUCGUUACAACUAUCUCCCUGUUACGCAGCUCCGUGUUUCUGAUUUCACAGAUAAACCCACAAUAUUCGCUGCAGAACUUGUUGAAGGAAAGUCUGUGAACAUAAAAUGCGUCUUCAACACCACGUGUAAUGGAACUUCACCCACCUUAACCUGGGUCACCCCCAUGGAUGUACCACCAUCAGUCUCAAGCAGUGUAACUCAGUGGCACAACACUCUGACAUAUACUUCUGUCCUGACCAUGACACCAGCGCUCAAACACCACGGGCAAAGUCUCACCUGCAGAGUCAGAUACCCAUCUGUUUCAUCGGAGCAGACCCUCACACUAACUGUGCAGUACGCCCCACAGGAUUUCUCAAUCACUUCUCCCAACAGUGUGAACAAUUCCUGGGUGAAUAUGAAGGAAGGGAUUCCUACAUCGAUCCUCUGCUCCGUCCAGAGUUUCCCAGUGUCUAAUUUAACGUGGAGACAUCUCGGUGUCACACUGACUACAACAAGUUCCAGCAAUGAACUGUGGCUGGAGUUUCCUCAGGUGACCCCCCAGCAGGCCGGAGACUAUCAGUGUGUGGCAAAGAAUAAACACGGGACAGCAGAGAGGGCCGUCACCCUCACUGUGGAAUAUGCUCCACAGAAUCUCUCAAUCACUUCUCCCAACAACGUGAACAAUUCCUGGGUGAAUAUAAAGGAAGGGAUUCCUACAUUGAUCCUCUGCUCUGUCCAGAGUUUCCCAGUGUCUAAUCUAAUGUGGAGACAUCUCGGGGUCACACUGAACACAACAAGUUCCAGCAAUGAACUGCGGCUGGAGUUUCCUCAGGUGACCCCCCAGCAGGCUGGAGUCUAUCAGUGUGUGGCGGAGAAUGAACACGGGACAGCGGAGAGGGCCAUCACCCUCAGUGUGGAGUACACCCCACAGAAUCUCUCAAUCACUUCUACCAACAGCGUGAAUGAUUCCUGGGUGAAUAUAAAGGAAGGGAUUCCUACAUUGAUCCUCUGCUCCGUCCAGAGUUUCCCAGUGUCUAAUCUAACGUGGAGACAUCUUGGUGUCACACUGAACACAAGAAGUUCCAGUAAUGAACUGUGGCUGGAGUUUCCUCAGGUGACCCCCCAGCAGGCUGGAGUCUAUCAGUGUGUGGCGAAGAAUGAACACGGGACAGUGGAGAGGGCCGUCACCCUCAGUGUGGAGUAUGCCCCACAGAAUCUCUCAAUCACUUCUCCCAACAACGUGAACAAUUCCUGGGUGAAUAUGAAGGAAGGGACUCCUACAUCAAUCCUCUGCUCCGUCCAGAGUUUCCCAGCAUCGAACUUGAGGUGGAGACAUCUCGGUGUCACACUGAACACAACAAGUUCCAGCAAUGAACUGUGGCUGGAGUUUCCUCAGGUGACCCCCCAGCAGGCUGGAGUCUAUCAGUGUGUGGCGGGGAAUGAACACGGGACAGCGGAGAGGGCCAUCACCCUCAGUGUGGAGUAUGCCCCACAGAAUCUCUCAAUCACUUCUCCCAACAACGUGAACAAUUCCUGGGUGAAUAUGAAGGAAGGGACUCCUACAUCAAUCCUCUGCUCCGUCCAGAGUUUCCCAGCAUCGAACUUGAGGUGGAGACAUCUCGGUGUCACACUGAACACAACAAGUUCCAGCAAUGAACUGUGGCUGGAGUUUCCUCAGGUGACCCCCCAGCAGGCUGGAGUCUAUCAGUGUGUGGCGGGGAAUGAACACGGGACAGCGGAGAGGGCCAUCACCCUCAGUGUGGAGUAUGCCCCACAGAAUCUCUCAAUCACUUCUCCCAACAACGUGAACAAUUCCUGGGUGAAUAUGAAGGAAGGGACUCCUACAUCAAUCCUCUGCUCCGUCCAGAGUUUCCCAGCAUCGAACUUGAGGUGGAGACAUCUCGGUGUCACACUGAACACAACAAGUUCCAGCAAUGAACUGUGGCUGGAGUUUCCUCAGGUGACCCCCCAGCAGGCUGGAGUCUAUCAGUGUGUGGCGGGGAAUGAACACGGGACAGCGGAGAGGGCCAUCACCCUCAGUGUGGAGUAUGCCCCACAGAAUCUCUCAAUCACUUCUCCCAACAACGUGAACAAUUCCUGGGUGAAUAUGAAGGAAGGGACUCCUACAUCAAUCCUCUGCUCCGUCCAGAGUUUCCCAGCAUCGAACUUGAGGUGGAGACAUCUCGGUGUCACACUGAACACAACAAGUUCCAGCAAUGAACUGUGGCUGGAGUUUCCUCAGGUGACCCCCCAGCAGGCUGGAGUCUAUCAGUGUGUGGCGGGGAAUGAACACGGGACAGCGGAGAGGGCCAUCACCCUCAGUGUGGAGUAUGCCCCACAGAAUCUCUCAAUCACUUCUCCCAACAACGUGAACAAUUCCUGGGUGAAUAUGAAGGAAGGGACUCCUACAUCAAUCCUCUGCUCCGUCCAGAGUUUCCCAGCAUCGAACUUGAGGUGGAGACAUCUCGGUGUCACACUGAACACAACAAGUUCCAGCAAUGAACUGUGGCUGGAGUUUCCUCAGGUGACCCCCCAGCAGGCUGGAGUCUAUCAGUGUGUGGCGGGGAAUGAACACGGGACAGCGGAGAGGGCCAUCACCCUCAGUGUGGAGUAUGCCCCACAGAAUCUCUCAAUCACUUCUCCCAACAACGUGAACAAUUCCUGGGUGAAUAUGAAGGAAGGGACUCCUACAUCAAUCCUCUGCUCCGUCCAGAGUUUCCCAGCAUCGAACUUGAGGUGGAGACAUCUCGGUGUCACACUGAACACAACAAGUUCCAGCAAUGAACUGUGGCUGGAGUUUCCUCAGGUGACCCCCCAGCAGGCUGGAGUCUAUCAGUGUGUGGCGGGGAAUGAACACGGGACAGCGGAGAGGGCCAUCACCCUCAGUGUGGAGUAUGCCCCACAGAAUCUCUCAAUCACUUCUCCCAACAACGUGAACAAUUCCUGGGUGAAUAUGAAGGAAGGGACUCCUACAUCAAUCCUCUGCUCCGUCCAGAGUUUCCCAGCAUCGAACUUGAGGUGGAGACAUCUCGGUGUCACACUGAACACAACAAGUUCCAGCAAUGAACUGUGGCUGGAGUUUCCUCAGGUGACCCCCCAGCAGGCUGGAGUCUAUCAGUGUGUGGCGGGGAAUGAACACGGGACAGCGGAGAGGGCCAUCACCCUCAGUGUGGAGUAUGCCCCACAGAAUCUCUCAAUCACUUCUCCCAACAACGUGAACAAUUCCUGGGUGAAUAUGAAGGAAGGGAUUCCUACAUCGAUCCUCUGCUCCGUCCAGAGUUUCCCAGUGUCUAAUCUAACGUGGAGACAUCUCGGUGUCACACUGAGCACAACAAGUUCCAGCAAUGAACUGUGGCUGGAGUUUCCUCAGGUGACCCCCCAGCAGGCUGGAGUCUAUCAGUGUGUGGCGGAGAAUGAACAUGGGACAGUGGAGAGGGCCAUCACCCUCAGUGUGGAGUAUAAGCCUGAGAUUUCUCGGGACUCAGGAUGCACUCGGACCUCCGAUGUCAUCACAUGUGUGUGUGCGGCCAGAUCAAACCCACCCGGAGAGCUCACCUGGCACCUCCCCCUCGCCAGCCUCAGCGGGAACCAGACGCACGGUCGUUUCCAGAUGUGGCAGGUGGCAGACGGGCAGCUGGUGACUGGCUCGCUGAAAUUGGGUGUGGGCGAGGGAGAGGAGAAUGUGACUGCCUUCUGUACUGUCCGAAACCAGCAUGGAGAGGCCAUGUUCGCAGUGUCCCUGUGGAUGAAAGGUGGGGUCUCUACUGUCUGGAUCGCAGUGUUACUUACGAGCAGUGUCAUUCUCAGUAUGCUACUGGCUGGAUUCUUCAUCUCCAGGUGCAUCCCGAAACGGGAUGCACGGACCAAGGAGACGGCCUUGGAGAUCCUGGACAGCACCAUCAGCUCCACUGCACACUUGACCGCACCUCAGGACACGGAGAGGCAGAGGAGGAUCCGGAUCCCAAAGGAGGUUUCACCAGUAUUGCCCGUUGGAGAGGGGGAGGAGUGUGGCCCGGUGUAUGCCAGCCUGCGGGAGCUGCCCGGCGGUGGGGGCCCUGUUCGCAGGGGGGAGACGGUCACAUAUGCAGAGUUGCAUUUCCAGUCAGUCGGGCCAGCCUGAGGGGUCACAGGGCUGGUGGGUGGGGGGGGCAGAUGUUGGGGAGAGAAGUGUCUGGUUCUCCGGGAGAUGGCCAGUGCUGGAAGGAACAUUGCAGCCAACUACACAGCAGGAUCCCAUAGAGCACUGGGUCCCACAGACCCGGGUUACCACCUACUUUCUAAACAUGUUCAUUCAUAUCAAGGGAAACUGGAGACUCGCUGAUUCAGACAAAUAAAAUCGCAUUGCUUCUAUUCGGGGAGUGCAGUGUGCACAGUGAAAUGACAGAAUCGCUCAGGGAAUGCCACUCGAGAGUGGGGGGAGCUGUUCAGGGGAGUACAGUGGGAGGGAUGGUGAAGAGGAUGCGCCACAUUGUGGAAAGGGUGGGGAGGAGGGAGCACUGCAUUGUGGGAGGAGAGGUAAGGAGAUUUGAAGGAAUCUAAUGAGGGGGGAGUACAGUGGAUCACCUUUGGGAAGAAUGACCUUGGUUCCCAUCAGCUGAGGGGUGGGGGGCCAUGGCUGGUAUUCAUCGGUCUACUUAGAGACGAAUUGUGUCACCCUCGUUGCUGUGGACUGAUUACCACAUUCCCCACGUGACAUCAGUGAGCGGACUUCAAGACAUCUGAGUCCUGGGGGUGGGGGGUUGUGGGGAUAAAUUAGGACCAUCCCAGAGGCCUGCUAGGUCCCUCCACCAGGUUACCACCUCAUGUUGGAGUCACAGACAGAGGCAGAAUAACUGGGUCUGUGAGGAGGACAGAGAACAUGUGGGGGUGUGGAGUGGGUGUAAUGUACAGACACGUGAGUGGGCCCAGACUCUGCAGCUCCGAUAUCACUUCAGACAAAUCUCUUCACUGUGCACAGGUUGCUGAUGGCUACAAUACAGGUACGCUGGGCAUGUGAAGGUCAACACUGCACUGGCACUAAUUGUAUGGGGAUCCAAGUUCAAGGGUAGAGAUAUCUUGCCAAAAUCAUACGUGCUCCUCAAACAUUGAUCUAUUUCUCCUUGCACAGAAGGUGCCUGGACGGUUGGAAUAUUGCAGCCAACUCUGGGCUCCGUGUGAAGGGGACUCUACCUGCGGGUUGCUGGGGGCUCAGACACUGUGAUAGUACUGAUUUGUUGGAUAGUAAUGGAAUCGGUGGGCAUGGGGACAGGGGAGGCAAGUGACGAUCAGUUCAAUAAUCAGUCAUAUUCAUUGAAUAAUGCAACAGAGACAGUCCUGUCCUGAUAUUACGGGUUAUGUGGUUUUCAGCUGCUGUAGUUCACCCAUUUCAAGCUUCGACCUACAGCCCGCUCAGAGAUGUUUUCCUGAACACCACUGUUUUAACUUGUGGUUAUUACAGCUACUGUCGCCUUCCUGUCAGCUGAAUCAGUCUGCCCAUUCUUCUGAGUCUCUCAUUAACAAGGCAUUUUCCCCACAAAAUAGCAGCUCACCAGUUUUUUUUUCUUUGUUUGUUUUCACACCACACGCUGUAAACUCUAGAGGCCGUUGUACAUGAAAAUCCCAGGAGAUCAGCAGGGUCUGAGAUACUCAAACCACCCUGUCUGGCACCAACAAUUAUUCCACAGUCAGUCACUUAGAUCACAUUUCUUCACCACUCUGAUGUUUGGUGUGAACCUCUUGACCAUAUCUGGAUGCUUUUAAGCAUGAAGUUGCUGCAAGAUGAUUAGAUGUACCUAAUAGAAUAAUCACUGAGUGCAUGUUCUACGGAGGAUUUGUCUAAUGUUACAUUUAUUAAGAGUGGGAUUAAAGAUCUAUCAGUUUUACAUCACAACUGUUUGCUUCUAUUGGAUUUCCUACGUCUCCUUGACAAUUCGCUCCCUGUGUCCGUGUUUCUAAUGUCAACAUGUCACGCUGCCUGUCCACACUCCCACCUGGGACAACUUCUGUUGGAAUGUGCUCAGUGGAGCAGAACACAUGCUUCAGUCCAACGACUGUGCAUUUUCUCUCUCAGCCACAGCAGGUCCAAUUCAUGUGGUGCUUUGGGCACAGUGUAAUGCCCUUAAUGCCAACGUCAAAGUCAAUAUUUUUAUCAAUGUCCUGGAUAGCAGGGGGUCAUUGAUGAUGAAUGCUGGUUUCUUUUGGCAGCACUCCAUGUAAACAUGCCCAUUGGUGUGUGAUUAAUCACAGCAUUGAGAGAUGGUGCUUCUUGCUGAGAGUUUGCAAUUGCUUAUUGAUGGACAGAGCCACACGUGUAUGACCAGAAGUAUCUUACCAGGCAUAUGGGUGUUUUCUGAAGUUGCGUAGGGCAGCUUGGCUUUCCUGGUGCACCUUGUCCAGGCCCAUUGAAACAGUAUUGGUGUGGGAGGAAAGUUGAGGAAAAGUGGGUGUUGCAUUAAUUGAACCAUGGGAUAGAAGCAAGAUCGAUCACUUACUAGGUACCGGACCUCGAGCACUGUCCAGUUCUGGAUCACUUCGAUCAGUAUCAUUAUCUCUGCACAGAGUUGGACAGCUACCCUGCCCCAAAUUUUGCCACAGGUUGUCCCAACAAAGCUUUGAAUUCCAGAGAUGAGGCAUCAAAAGUUAUUGCAGGAGAUAACACAUGAUGUCAAGAUGGGCUGGCUAUCGGGAAGCAAGGAGAGAUCUAAUUAAUCUGGCUCGGAAGAUGUGAUGAAUGGUGUGCCACAAAGGGCAGUGUGCAGCCUCUGAUUUUCACAUCAGAGCCAAAACAAAAGCUAAAGCAUUUACUGCAACCUUCAGCCAGAAGGGCUGAGCAAGUGAUCCACCUUGUCUGCCUGCAGAUGUCCCGAGCGCAAUAGUCACCAGUCCUGAUGGGUGAUCAACGUUACCCUCCUGCACUGGUCCCCAGGACAAUAGACAUCAGUCUUCUGUCAGUUUAGUUGACCCCACAAUAUCAACAACAGAUGGCAUUGGGUACAGGAAAGACCAUGGUUCCUGAUGUCAUUCUCACAAUGGUACUGAUGCCCUGUGAUCCAGAGCCUGCCACCUCCAUAGCCAGACUGUUCCAGGGCAGCUACGUCACUGGCAACUAUCCAGCAAACUGACUGAGUAUAUCCUAUCCACACUGAACAGGACACGUCUAACCCGGCCAGUUGCCGGGCAACAACCUGCUCACAGAAGCUGUUUCGCUAAAGUCACC